CGGAAGUAUUUCGCAUGGUUAUUGUUGUUCCGCUAUGUUAGCUCAGUUGUUUUUCAGCAAUUACAAAACAGUCUGAAUCACUUGUAACGUUAUAUGGUGCGAGACGGCUUGUCAAUAAAGUAUGUUGCAGAUGAAAGUCGAUUUAUUGCUGGUAAUGUAAGCUGAAGUCUUGUGGCACUCAUAUUGGGCCCCCGCUGCUGUUAGAGAUGGAGGAGCUCUACACUUUAGAGAAGGAGGUAGGACGAGGCAGCUAUGGUGUGGUCUUUGAGGGCCAUAUCGCCAAAACAAGACAGAGGGUGGCUAUCAAGCGACUGCCCUGCAGCAACCCGGAGUGCAUUGAACUCUACCUGCAAGAGCUGUGGGCCAUGAGGACCACAGCAAAGAACCAUGUCAAUGUCAUUGCACUCCACAGCUGCCUGCUACAGACAGGGACAAGGAGCCUGAAGCCCCUAAAACCAGGGAAACUGCCUCUACGUCUAGUUGAGAGUGUGCUGAAGGGCACUGUAGUCGGUGCACCACGAAGCCAGGAAAGCAAUAAUUCCCAGCCUAACACCCAAAGGAGGUCUGUCUCUAGACUUCAGGACAGGACCAACAAUGUCCAGGCCAGGGCCAAGCUUCAGGACAAGACUAAAUCAAAUGCAUGUGAUUCUACGACUCCACAAAGGCCUCAGAACAGAGCCAGGAAGAGACCAGCCCAGAGGGAGGAAGAGCAGUCGGAACCCCUGCGCUGCUUGGCCCUGUGGCUGGUGAUGGAGUACUGUGACGGGGGUGACUUGAAUCAAUUCCUGCUCUCCAGGCCACCAGACGGCCAGCGUAACCACAGCGUGGUGCGACAGCUCUGCAGUGCAGUGGCCUUCCUGCAUACUCUGGGUAUCACCCACCGAGACCUGAAGCCUGACAAUGUGCUGGUCUGUGUGACACCGAAAGGCCCUGUUGUCAAGGUGGCAGACUUUGGUCUAAGCAAGAUGAGUGAAGGUCUAGUGGAUGGUCAUCUGACAAGGCAACACUUCUCCUCCACCUGUGGCUCUGACUUCUACAUGGCUCCAGAGGUGUGGGGUGGACUGACCUACACAGCCCAGGCAGACAUCUUCUCCCUGGGCGUGUUGUUCUGGGCUGUCCUGGAGAGAAUCACCUUUGUAGAAGAAGGGACCACGCAGGAACAACUGGGUGCCUAUGUGUGUAAAGGUCGCUCAGGCUGGUUGAUGCCUCUGGGGGAAGCAUUGUGGGAGAACGCCGACCUCCAGCUGUGCAUCCCUAUGAAGUUUAAGAGAGCGCCCCCGCUGCCACCCCCUCCUGGUCCAGCCAUGUGCACCCUGCUUUUGGACAUGCUCGCCUCAAACCCAGAUGCUCGGCCCCCAGCAGACCAGCUGGAGGCCAGAGUGUGCUCUGCUCUGAAAGAGGACUCCCACUGACACAAAAAGUGCGCUGAAGAGAGCAUAAUGGCUAUAACUACUAUAGCCACUUCUUGGAGAUAUUGACCCCCCCCCCCGACUGCAGUGCUUCAUACAUGUAAACAAUAGCCACUUUGCUGCCUCAGGGAAGUGGUUAUAAGAAAUACAUAUGAUUAUGCGGGAUUGUGGGUGCUAUUUUUGACACAGAAACAGAGGCUUACUUCAAAAACUGUGCAGGAAACCAAAUAAAGGGAAAAUAGGAAUGAAAUAGAGGUGGUCUAUUUGGGCCCCUGACUGCACUGCAGACAAAACAUGGAAACAAGUCCUUAUAGUGACUGAGUGGGACUUGCUCAAGCUGUAUUUGAUGAAAGCACCAGGUCUUGACUGCUUGACAUAGUGUGUGUGUGUGUGUGUGUGUGUGUGUAAAAUGAAAUGCAAGGGCUUACUGCUGCUACUGCUGCGGGUCUGCUGUGUCUUGGUGAGUCCUGAUUAUCUCCUUUUUAUUCCAGAUGUUAAUUUUAACAUUGUUAGUGGACAAUGAGCUUUUUACUUGUUGAAUAGUGUGUCACUAACGGCUUAUAUCAUAUAUAUAUUAUAUCUUAUGUCAUUCUUUUGUGCUUAUCUUAGUAUUUCCACCAAGCAUUGAUGUAGCAUGGAUUCACUGGGCCCCCAGGUGUUUUUAUAUAUGUAAAGUGAGUGAACAAAAAACUAGAAACAUUUGUCCAUUUUAAUAGUUCCGUAAUAAAUGCUACCUUUGCGACACUAAUUAAUAGGUAUUGAUUGUUGUUGACACUGUCAGUAGCAGGUGUUGAUUCAAUGCCAUAGCUUGUGGUAUAUUUUUCUCCAGAUACAUUAUGAUAAAUUAAGGUGGACAGUUUAUUAUGAACACCUGUCUAUAUAAUGCGGUCUAACGUAACACCACCACAAAGCCUCAAAAUGUUCUACGGCUAACUCCAUCCAGGUGUAUUUUUCAGGUUUCUGUAAAUUUAAAUUAGUUUCUUGAUAGAGUUUCUGUCUGUCUUAUUUUAAAAUAUUAUUUCACCAGUUUGCUUUGAGUCGCUAACAUUUCUGGAUGUCUUUAUUAAAGUAUAGAGCUGCUGUGUUAGCAUUUGUAAAAUACCUGCACUGAAAACUAAAAGGGAUGGCAGAAUGGGGCUCAUGGUGACUAACUAGAACUAAUAUACCACCCCCUCAUGAACAGGAAAUUAAAGCUGGGCAUUGGGGAUUGUUGCUGAUCAUAUCCUUGCUGAGUCCACAGCAUUUAUUACUGGUCAUCAGUCUUAGUCAUUGACAGUCCAAAUCUUAGAUGACUAUGUAUUUCAGAUUUUUUUUUCUCACAGGCCUGAAACAAUAGAUAUGUAUUAUAACAUGAAUUGUGUCCAGAAACCCCUUUAAUUGUAAUGUCAUUUAAAUAAACAUGAAAUUAUAACUUG